AUAUAGACGUAAUUACGUGUAAGACGUUAUAAGAUAUGUUGUUUACCAACAAAUACAAUCAUGGAAAAACAUAUUUAUAAACAGGUCUAUCUUCCAAUUAAAAAAUCAAUUCAGGGAUUUACCGACUUCGUGCGAGCAUGUUUCAUACAGUGCCCUUUGACAGAUAACAGGAAGGAAAGAUAGUUUAAACUUACUAUUGAAUAGAUUAAGACAGACUGAUACUUUGUUUAGAUGUCUAGUCACAAAGGAGGACAAAGACUGACAGUAAAAGAUGAAGAAGGGGGUCAGGCUGAAGUGUUCUGUUACCAGGACCUCAUUUUGCCUGGGUCUUUUACAGACUGGUUUGACCCAGAGGAGAAACUUGAAUCUAUUAGACAGUUCAAGUAUAGAGAGGGAGAUAUUCUUCAAUGUUCUUAUCCAAAAUCAGGAAAUCAUUGGUUGACAAACCUUUUGACGUUGAUGUUAUCAAAGGGAUCUCUGGAAACUGCAACUUCAGUUAAUGUCAGUCUUAUAGACUUCACCAAACCUACAGAAAGGCUUCACAAAAAACCAAGUCCUCGAAUUAUAACCUCUCAUUUGAAAUUUGAACGUUUACCAGAAGAACAUAUUAGAAGAGGUGGGAAAGUGAUUCUACUUGUCAGAAAUCCCAAAGAUGUAGCAGUGUCAUAUUACUACCAUGGCAACAAAGACAGAUUUCUUAGAUUCUCAUUAUCGUGGAGAGGCUGUCUCGGGUAUUUCUGUGAAGGAAAGGUGCCAUUUGGGUCUUACUUUGACUAUCUCAAUAACUGGCAAAAAGUAUUGCAGCAAAGAAAAGACUUGGAUAUACAUGUUGUAUAUUAUGAGACCUUAAAGCAACAAACUUUGCUGGAGUUACAAAGAAUACAGAAAUAUCUUGGCAUUUACAACGAUGACGACCGAUUGAAUGCAAUUAUUGCUAAGUGUUCCUUUUCAUCUUUGAAAUCAGAUGUAGACAGUGGUAAACUCAGAACACUGCUUGUAGAUAAAACCAGUCAGCCUUUCAUUUACAGAAAAGGUGAAAUUGGUGAUUGGAUGAAUCAUUUCACUGUCACUCAAAACGAAGCAUUUGAGAGUGUCAUAAAGAACAAACUACAGGGUAGCAUUUUUCAGUUUCAGUAUAUACCAAAUGUACCAAAACACCAAUUGUGAUGAAAGGAUGUAUGCUUGUCAAGAGAAAUAUCUGUAGUUCAUGUCUAUAUGUUGUGACUUCUUAUUUACUUUUUGGUGGAUUAUGAUCGAUUUUGACAGUGAUGAUUGCCAUGAAAGAAGAACAUUAAGGCAGGUCUUUUUCAAGAUAUUUUUUUUUUGUAUUUUCAAAUAUUACUAGUACUAACUGAUUUCUAGUUACUAAAGAAAAAUGUAUGGUAACAUUUGAUUUUAAAACCGUAAGCAGUGUGGAUUCUCAUUAAACCUUCAAAAGGA